UAUUAGUCAAGCAGACCCUUACAAAAGAAAACGAGACAUUAAUACGAGGAUUACUUUGAUCACCCCCGAGAGAAACCAACAUGACCCUCAAAUACCUCAUCGUGGGCGUGACAGGUGGCCUGGGAAGAUAUGUCCUUGACUACUUCGUGGCCAAUAAACCGUUGGAGGAAUUUGCAGCUGCAUCGUCGAGGGAGUCCAACCGGAAACAAUUCGAGGAUCGUGGCAUUGCUUUCCGACAGGUUAAUUAUGAUGACCCUGCUACGUUAGAUACCGCGUUCCAGAAUGUUGAGAAUGUACUUUUUGUUAGUACCAAUACGUUCGAUAAUGAGAAGCGUCGAAAACAACAUCAGAAUUUUGUUGAGGCGGCGAAGAGGAUUGGAGUUAAGCAUGUGUGGUAUACUUCUCUUGCUUUUGGAGGAUUCAAGUCCGAUUCAAAAGCCGCCGUGCAGACGGCGCAUUUAGAAACUGAAGAGAUGCUUAGGAAAUCUGGAGUCACCUACACCUCCAUCCGAGAAGGCAUUUACACAGAAGCCUUCCCAAUCUUCCUCAACUGGUACCCCGAUUCAACCAGCGUGCCUCUUCCAUCCGACGGCCCAAUGGCAUUAACCCUGCGGUCAGAACUUGGUGAAGCGACAGCGCGGUUGAUGAUCGCAGGUGGCCACGAGAAUGAGACCGUCUUGUUGACAGCUGAAGACACUAUUCGGCCAUCGGAGAUCGUGGAUAUUAUUAAUAACACGACGGGUCGGCAGGUUAAGUUCGAGCGUGUAUCCCCCGAGGAGUAUAUCCAGAUCUACGGUGGGAAUGAUAAGGGCGGGAAGCCCAAGGCUUUCUUUCAGCAGACUCUGACGUGGUAUGAGGGGAUUGAGAAGGGCGAGUUGGCUACGACGCAUUCAUUGAUGGGGGAGCUUUUGGGUAGGGAGCCCACGAAGCCCCGUGAUGCGAUUCGAGGGUUGUUGUCGGAGGACCCUAAUUAUACGUGGCAUCAAAACUAUGUAUGAAUGUAAUUAAUUUAAUGUGAUACGCUUUCUUUCUUCUAGUCUUAUCUGAGACUCAACUUAAUCUUAAUUAUAU